CACCACACCACAGGAGGUCAAAAGAAGAGGAAGAAGAGCCACCAGUCCACCACUCCACCAGAACCAGUCGAGUGUGUGUGUGCCACGUCUAACCACCAUCUGUGUGACCUCGCGUGACCCCAACCUGACCACCCCCCGUGACCUCUGACCCUGCAAGAUGACCCGGGUGCUCUUACGAGUGGUGGUUCCUAUCAUACUAGUGGUCUUCAUAUUUUUCUCCCUCCCUCUGGUAUGUGGGCAUGGACACUCCCACGACCACGCCCACGCCCAUUCCCACGGACACGCCCACGAGGAACCACCGGCUUUUAAAUGGAGUAAACAAGCUAAUGACCCAUACCAGGAGGAUGGGGAUGGGGGGGGAGGGGUGGGAGAGGGAGAACAUACCCCCCAUUCCCAUAGUGACCCCCAUUCCCAUUCCCAUAGCGACCCCCAUUCCCAUUCCCAUAGCGACCCCCACCCCCAUACCAAGUCCCCCGCUGCCCCGCCCAGGUCCAGUGUGUGGCUCGAGGCUCUCACCGCCACCCUAGCCAUCAGCAUCGCACCCUACCUCAUACUCUUCUUCAUCCCCGUCACUAAUAGCAAGGAACACCAGCCGUACCUCAAAGUCCUCCUUGCGUUCGCUUCUGGGGGUCUCCUCGGCGAUGCAUUCCUUCACCUCAUACCACAUGCACUCAUGGCUAAGGCUUCCUCUGACUCACACUCGCACUCACACUCACACUCACAUUCGCACUCACACUCGGAGGCGUCAGGAGAAGGCCAUGGGCAUGAUAUGAGCAUUGGGUUGGCUGUUCUUGGGGGUAUCAUCGCGUUUUUGGUUGUCGAGAAGAUUGUGAGGAUUUUUAAGGGCGGUCACGGCCACUCGCACGGACACACACACUUGGUGAACGCGGCGAACGGCGACGCGGCGAAGGGAGAGGAGAAAGGGAAGAAGGGAGAGAAAGAUGGAGACAAGAAGAAGAGUGAGAAGAAGAAGAACGGUGGGAAGCAAGCCGACAAGAAGAGCGAAGGCACAAUCAAGGUCGCUGGCUACCUCAACUUGGCGGCAGACUUCACGCACAACCUCACCGACGGGCUGGCCAUUGGUGCGUCCUUCCUGGCGGGCAAGAGUGUGGGAACAGUCACCACGCUCACCAUCUUCCUUCACGAGAUUCCACAUGAGAUCGGGGACUUUGCCAUCCUCCUCCAGUCUGGGUGUAGCAGAAGAAAGGCGAUGAUGCUGCAGCUGGUGACGGCGCUUGGGGCUCUAACCGGCACCUGUAUAUCACUCUUGGCGGAAGGGGCAGAUGAGUCAGCGGUGGCGUGGGUGCUGCCAUUCACCGCCGGGGGCUUCAUAUACAUCGCCACGGUGUCGGUCAUUCCGGAGCUCCUCGAGAACACGCGUUUCUGGCAGUCGGUCGCGGAGGUCGUGGCCUUGCUGGCGGGCGUCGUUCUCAUGAUGGGGAUAGCACACCUCGAGGGGAUGAGUGACCACGAACACUGACCUGGUGAUGCGUGAGUGGUGAUACAUGGUGGUGAGCGAGGUGGUGACUUGUAGUAUUGGUAGUGGUGGUGGUGGUGACUAAAAAGGGUUAUUUUUUGUGGUUACGGUGAUGAAAGGGCUUAGUAAGUGGGUGUUUGGUGAUGUCUGAGUGGUGAUAUUGAGCCUGUGAUGUCAGUAGAGGGUUCUUUGUUAGUAUUGGUGAUGAAAGAGGAGCUGAGUGGUGAUAUUGAGCCGGUGAUGAUGUCAGUAAGGGGCUAUCUCUUAGUAUUGGUGAUGAGUAAGGAGCUGUUUGGUGAUGACUCUACGGGUUAUUUCCGACAGAGGUGGUGACUGAGUGGCUGUCUGACUGGUGAUGAGCGAGUGGUGACUAUGCUGCUGCUGCUGAUGAUGUGAUGACUGGUAGUGGUGACUGGUGAAGGUUGUGACUGUCAAACUUCAUCACACAUUCACUGACUGACUGACUGACUGGGCGAUGUUUUAGUGAUGAGGUUGAAAAAUUAUUAGUUGUGAUGUUGACUGAUUGACUGGUGACUGGUUGGUAAUAUUAACAAAGAUUUAACUGAGUAGGUUAGACUGACUGGCUGACUGACUUAACUGGAUGAUGGCUGAGCUUGUUGACUGAAUGCUUGACUGACUGGCUGACUAACUGAGUGAUUGGUUGAAUAACUGAUUAACUGACUGACUGACUUAACUGAAUGAUGGUUGAACUUCUUGACUGAAUGAUUGACUGACUAACUGACUGGCUGACUAACUCACUGACUGACUUAUUAACUGAUGGCUGAGAAUGCUGACUGAAUUUUUGACUGAGUGACUGACUGACUGACUGGCUAACUGACCUACUAAAUGUUUAAAAGAAUGAGACUGACUGACUGGCUGACUAACUAACCAACUAACUGAUGACUUGCCUGGCUAAAUGCUUAACCGAUUGACUGACCGACUGACCAACUGACACUUUUUUUUUUUUUCACGCUCACUCAAAAUUGUCGGCCAUUAUUACUUAUACAUAUUGUUUGUUUGUUUGUUUGUUUGUUCAUAAUGUGUCCCUUGUUUAUAUGUAUCUCGUGGGGGACUUACCUAAUUUUUUUGGGGGUAAUUUUUUGUCUCCAAGUAAAGAAUUGAUUGACCGAUUGUUGUUGUUUGUUUGUUUGUGUGUGUAGUUGAUUUUCCUGAUAUUUUUCCUCUGUUUUAUUUUUGUUGUUUUUUUUCUUUUUAUUGUUUUCUUUUGUUUAUUUUCUUGAUUUUCCUUUUUAUUUUUUUAUUUUCCCAAUUUUUCUUUACUUUUUGUCUUUGUUUUUUGUUUUCCUUUUUAUUGUUUUCUUUUGUUUUUGUUUAUUUUCUUAAUUUUCCUGAUUUUUUCUUAUUUUUUGUUUUUCUGUUUUUUCUAGAUUUUCUUUUUGUUUGAUUUUCCUGAUUUUUCCUUUUUUUUUGUUUAUUUUGAGGUUUUGUUUUUGUUUUCCUUCUCUUUUUCUUUUUCUUUUUUUGUUAAUGAUUUUGUUUGUAUUCUUAAUUUUCCUGUUUUUCCUUCUUCUUUCUCUAUUUGUCUUGGUCAGCUGAUCAAGAAAAAAUAUCAUCAGCAUCAGCAUCAGAGUCUUAGCGGCUACAUUGUUUUCCUUGUUUUUUCCUUAAGUUAAAAGAAAAAUACGUCAUCAGCUGUUUUUUUGUUUUUGUUUUAUUUGUUUUGUUUCGUCCUCGUCAGUGUGUGUGUGUGUGUGUGUGUUAGUGGCUACAUUGUUUUCCUUGUUUUUUCCUUAAGUUAAAAGAAAAAAAAGUCAUCAGCUGUUUUUUGUUUGUUUUUUGUUUCAUCGUCACCAUCAGUGUGUGUGUGUGUGUGUGUGUGUGUGUGUGUUCGAAAUACUUAAAGAUCUGUCGCAAGAGAUUUUUAACACUUACACAGAUUCAGAUUUUCCAUUCCACACGCUCUCUCUCUCUCUCUCUCUCUCUCUCUCUCUCUCUCUCUCUCUCUCUCUCUCUCUCUCUCUCUCUCUCUCUCUCUCUCUCUCUCUCUCUCUCUUCCUUUACUCUUCUUCCUCUUUAUUCUCUCCCUUUCUGUCCUUCACCUCACAUUCCAUUCUUAAUCCCUAUCUCUCUUUUCAUUUUAUCCUCUAUCUCUCUCUCUCUCUUAGUCCUCUCUCUCCUUUCCUUUAUUCACCCUAUCCCUCCCCUCUCCUUUAUUCACACUCUCUCCACAUUCCAUGUCUUCUCCAUUAUUCCACACAUCCACACACGCCAAAGUCCCUCUCCUAAGCCUGUGAUAUGCUGGACCAAGGCUUAAACUUGACCUCCUCAUAGGAUAGUGCCAUUAACACACGAGUCCCCCCUUUAAAAUAUGCACCCAGGCUUCGUUUGAGUAAUACCCGACUUCUACACAACUUGACAGGUUUCAACUAGGGGUGAAAGUAAGCUGAUACGCAGUACCGGUAAGAGAUAUACAGCCGUCUACAGUCGGUACGCAGGGGUACGCUUUUGAAGACACAACUUUCACCCCUGGCUACCUACCAGGCGAUAGGAUUUGCUUGUUAACAUGAAACGCUCGUAUUGCAAAGUAGCUCAUUAUAUUUGGCGGAUUUGGAUACCCAAUCUCUCGUAUUUUCGUCCAUCAGAGUUGACAGCACUGCCUGAGUGGCUCGCAUUCUCAGUUUCUCACGGGUUCUGGACGAGUGACAGUCAGUGUCGCGUGCACAGGAGUACACCAUACCGGGAAGAAAUACAGCUGUCUACAGCCGGUAUGCAGGGGUACACUUUUGAAGAUAGUACCGGAAAGAAUCUAAUCUUACUUUCACCCCUGGUUUCAACACACACACAAACACAUACAGACACGUACAUGACCUACUUAAGUGAGGGGCGACUCGUAUGGAAGGAGUUGUGUGUGGUGGAGAUGGGACGUGAUUGGUUGACGAGUGGAUGGUUGAGUGAGUAAGUAAGGGUGAAUGAGAAAGAGAGAAUGAAUAAAAAUGAAGCGGAAAGAGACUAGGAAAUAAUGAAUGGAAUGUAGGGUGGAGAGGGAGAGGAAAGGGAAGAGAGAAAAAGGAUGUGGAGGAAAGAAAGAUGGAGAGGGAAAAUAUAGGAAAAGUUAAUGGAAGAGGAAAUAGAUGGAGAUAAAAAUUGAGAUGGAGAGAGAAAGAGAGAAGGAAGGAAGGAAGGAGAGGAUGAUAAUGAGGAGGAGGAAGAGAGAAAAUGGAGGAGAAGAAAGAAGAAGAGGAAAAAAAAAAGAGGGAGAAAACAGAGGAAGGUUGAGGGAAGAGAUGGAGGAGGAGAAGGAAAAAAGAAGAGUGAAAAGAAGGAAGGAGAGGAGGAGAAGGAAGAGGAAAAAAGAGGAGUGAAGGACAAGGAAGAGGUGGAACAGAUUGAGGGAAAAAGAGGAGGAGGAAGAGGAAUAGGUGGAGGGAAAAAGAGGAAGAGGAGGAGGAGGAAGAGGAAGAGGAUGACAAAAAUGAAGAGGAGAAGAAGAAGGAAAGGGAAAAACAGGGACGAGAAUAAUGAUGAGGCGGCGGAGAAAAAAAGAAAGAAAAUCGUAAAAAUA